CGCUGGGGUCGCUCGGGCUCUGCGGGCCACGAGAAGCUGCCGGUGCACGUGGAGGACGCCCUCACCUACCUGGACCAGGUGAAGAUCCGCUUCGGCAGCGACCCUGCCACUUACAAUGGUUUCCUGGAGAUCAUGAAGGAGUUCAAAAGCCAGAGCAUUGAUACUCCUGGAGUCAUCCGACGAGUGUCGCAGCUCUUCCACGAACACCCUGACCUGAUUGUUGGAUUCAACGCUUUCCUUCCUCUCGGGUACAGAAUAGACAUUCCCAAGAACGGCAAGUUAAACAUACAGUCGCCUCUGUCGAGCCAGGAGAAUUCGCACAACCACAGCGACUGUGCAGAGAACGUCAAGCAGCAGAUGCUAUAUAAGGAGGACAAACCCCAGGUGCCCUUGGAGUCAGAUUCCGUGGAAUUCAACAACGCCAUCAGCUACGUGAACAAGAUUAAGACCCGCUUUCUAGAUCACCCAGAAAUCUACAGGUCAUUUCUGGAGAUACUGCACACUUACCAGAAGGAGCAGCUGAGCACGAAGGGCCGUCCGUUCCGAGGCAUGUCUGAAGAGGAGGUGUUCACCGAGGUGGCCAACCUCUUUCGCGGCCAGGAGGACCUGCUUUCCGAGUUUGGACAGUUCCUGCCCGAAGCCAAGCGGUCCCUGUUCACAGGAAAUGGGCCGUGCGAAAUGAACAGUGUCCAAAAGAGUGACCACGAGAAGAAUCUGGAACACAGCAAAAAGCGCUCUCGGCCCUCACUCCUCCGUCCCGUGUCUGCACCAGCCAAGAAGAAAAUGAAACUCCGUGGUACCAAAGACCUGUCCAUCGCCACCGUGGGGAAGUAUGGGACUCUGCAGGAGUUCUCCUUCUUUGACAAGGUGCGCAGGGUGCUGAAGAGCCAGGAGGUCUACGAGAACUUCCUCCGCUGCAUCGCGCUCUUCAACCAGGAGCUUGUGUCCGGCUCUGAGCUCCUCCAGCUGGUCAGCCCAUUUCUAGGGAAAUUUCCAGAACUGUUUGCACAGUUCAAGUCCUUCCUGGGGGUGAAAGAGCUGUCCUUCGCCCCACCCAUGAGUGACAGAUCCGGGGAUGGAAUAAGCCGGGAAAUCGACUACGCCUCAUGCAAGCGCAUCGGAUCCAGCUACCGGGCGCUCCCCAAAACCUACCAGCAGCCCAAGUGCAGCGGGAGGACGGCCAUCUGCAAGGAGGUACUGAACGACACCUGGGUGUCCUUCCCCUCCUGGUCAGAGGACUCCACCUUCGUGAGCUCCAAGAAGACGCCCUAUGAGGAGCAGCUGCACCGCUGUGAGGACGAGCGUUUCGAGUUAGACGUUGUCCUGGAGACCAACCUGGCCACGAUCCGGGUGUUGGAAAGCGUGCAGAAGAAACUCUCCCGGAUGGCGCCGGAAGACCAGGAGAAGUUCCGGCUGGACGACUGUCUGGGGGGCACGUCGGAGGUGAUCCAGCGCCGCGCCAUCCACCGCAUUUAUGGCGACAAGGCUCCGGAGAUCAUUGAGAGCCUCAAGAAGAACCCUGUCACCGCUGUCCCCGUCGUCCUGAAAAGGCUGAAGGCCAAAGAGGAGGAGUGGCGGGAGGCCCAGCAGGGCUUCAACAAGAUCUGGCGGGAGCAGUAUGAGAAGGCGUACCUCAAGUCCCUGGACCACCAGGCCGUGAAUUUCAAGCAGAAUGACACCAAGGCCCUUCGCUCCAAGAGCUUGCUCAAUGAGAUUGAGAGCGUCUAUGACGAGCACCAGGAGCAGCACUCGGAGGGCCGCAGCGCCCCCUCCAGCGAGCCGCACCUCAUCUUCGUAUACGAGGACCGGCAGAUCCUGGAGGACGCGGCCGCCCUCAUCAGCUACUACGUGAAGCGGCAGCCGGCCAUCCAGAAGGAGGACCAGGGCACCAUCCAGCAGCUGGUGCACCAGUUCGUGCCCAGCCUCUUCUUCUCCCGGCCGCUGGACCUGGGCGCGUCCGAGGACUCUGCCGAUGAGGGCCGGGGGAGCCCCCAGGGGCAGAGCGCAGACCCUGGUGACCGGAAGAAGCCAGCGCCCGGACCGCAGAGCAGCGCCCCGGAGGACAAGGGGGCCUCGGGCGAGGCGCCGGCCACAGAGCAGCCGCCGCCGCAGCACAAGCCCCUGGACGACGUCUACAGCCUCUUCUUCGCCAACAACAACUGGUAUUUCUUCCUGCGCCUCCAUCAGACCCUGUGCUCCAGGCUUCUGAAGAUCUACCGCCAGGCACAGAAGCAGCUCCUGGAGUACCGGACGGAGAAGGAAAGGGAGAAACUGCUCUGCGAGGGCCGCCGGGAGAAGGGCAACGACCCCGCCAUGGAGCUGCGGCUGAAGCAGCCAAGUGAGGUGGAGCUGGAGGAAUACUACCCGGCCUUCCUGGACAUGGUGCGGAGCCUGCUGGAGGGCAGCAUCGACCCCACGCAGUACGAGGACACCCUGCGCGAGAUGUUCACCAUCCACGCCUACGUGGGCUUCACCAUGGACAAGCUGGUGCAGAGCAUCGCCCGGCAGCUGCACCACCUCGUGAGCGACGAUGUCUGUCUGAAGGUGGUGGAGCUCUACCUGAACGAGAAGAAGCGGGGCGCUGCCGGCGGGAACCUGUCCUCCCGCUGUGUCCGCGCCGCCAGGGAGACCAGCUAUCAGUGGAAGGCCGAGCGGUGCAUGGCUGAUGAGAACUGCUUUAAGGUGAUGUUCCUCCAGCGCAAAGGGCAGGUGAUCAUGACCAUUGAGCUCCUGGACACCGAGGAAGCCCAGACAGAGGACCCGCUAGAGGUGCAGCACCUGGCUCGGUACGUGGAGCAGUACGUGGGGACCGAGGGUGCGUCCAGCUCGCCCACCGAGGGCUUCCUCCUGAAGCCUGUGUUCCUGCAGAGGAACCUCAAGAAGUUCCGCAGGUGGCAGUGUGAGCAGGUGCGCGCGCUGCGGGGCGAGGCCAAGAGCUCCUGGAAGCGGCUGGUCGGGGUGGAGAGCGCCUGCAACGUGGACUGCCGCUUCAAACUCAGCACCCACAAGAUGAUGUUCAUCGUGAACUCCGAGGACUACAUGUACCGCCGCGGGACGCUCGGCCGGGCCAAGCAGGUGCAGCCCCUGGUCCUGCUGCGCCACCACCAGCACUUCGAGGAGUGGCACAGCCGCUGGCUGGAGGACAACGUGCCGGUGGAGGCAGCCAGUCUUGUGCAGGACUGGCUGAUGGGCGAGGAGGACGAGGACAUGGUGCCCUGCAAGACGCUCUGCGAGACGGCUCAUGUGCACGGGCUGCCGGUGACCCGCUACCGAGUGCAGUACAGCCGCCGCCCAGCCUCGCCCUGACGCUCGCACACGGGCACCACGACUCGCACAUAGUGCAGUUGCUUCCUCGGCCUGUGUGUCUAUCGGGCGUUUUCAUGAACAGUGUGAGGGGAGCAGAGCGUCCCCCAGCCUUGCUGCUAUGGGCUGUGAGCUCCAGAGAAGGGCG